AUGUGCGCGCACUUGGCGCUGCCGCCGCGCCCCGCGUACCCCGCCGGGGCCGCCCGGGGCCGCCUGGAGCUCGGCUGGAGCGCGGCCGGGGCCGCAGCACAGGCCCCCACAGCGGCCGGGCACUCUCCGCAGGCUGCGGGCGGCCGGCACACGGCAGAAGUGUCCCCAGCUUCAUCCAGUUCUGGGAAUUUCAGCCAAUUCACACCAGAUUCAGCCACCAGUCCACAUUCCUCAUCCUCAUCCCCACAGCCUUCAGCUAAGUCUCAGAAGGGCAGAGAAUAUGGCGUGGAGGGGAUCAGGAAGACCAAGAGCCGCACAGCUUUCUCCAAGGAGCAGCUGCUAACCCUGCACCAGCGCUUCCAGAGCCAGAAGUACCUCAGCCCCCAGCAGAUCCGGGAGCUGGCUGUUGCCCUGGGGCUCACCUACAAGCAGGUGAAGACUUGGUUCCAGAACCGGAGGAUGAAGCUGAAAAGGUGCCAGAAGCAGAGCCUGUGGAGCGAACGGGCUCAGUGUCUCACGCAAAGUGGCUUCCAGAGCGGAACUUACCUGGAUGUGCACCCCAAAUUCCACCAGGGCUACCCCAUCACCACAGCUGGCAACAUGCAAGCCCUGCCUGCCCCCUGUCAGCACUAUGGAGCAGGGCAGAACGCUUACACAAUCCUGACCAGCGAGGAUGGAGGAGUCUUUGGCAAAGGCGGGGGGACCUGCAGUGUCCAGCAGACAGUGGGCUUCAUUGCUCAGCACAAAGUAGACUUUUACCACAGCUAUCCUGGCACUGUGGAAUAUCCAGGCUCCAAGACAGGUGAUGGCUGUAAUUUUCACCACUCAGCCACCAUGGGGGCUCCUUUCCCAACUGCUGCCAGCCAUCAUCUUUAUCAUUCCUAA